AUGGAUGAGACAUGGUUUGAAAACAAUAAACUGAAUACGCUGACUGAGAAAAACACUCAGCUAUUUCGUAGAGUAUCAAGACUUGAAGAAUCUUUAAAUUCGCUGAGGAAUAUUAAACCAGUUGAAAGAACACAGUAUGAAUUGAGCAACAAAGUCAAUGAAAGUAUCUUAAAAGACAAAUACUCUUCGUUUCUGCUCCAUGAUUCACCUGAUCAGAGUAUAUUUGGGGAUCAGAAAAAUCUAUAUUACAAUUUAGAAACAAUAAGUAUUGAUAAACGUUUAGAAGCUAUGGAAAAGAAAUUGCGUAAUCUCUUUGUUGAAUCAAAUACGUCAGCUUCACCAGAUGUUUUGAAUAAAUAUGCAGUAAAAAUCGUUACAGAAACUUACCAUCCAAUUACAACAUUCAAUCAACACUGUGCAGAGUGUUGUAAAAGUACAAAACAAAUAUCUUCAAGAUGGAAUGAUUGUUUACACUUAGAUCUAAAUGAAUUGCGAUCUUGUAGUCAUUGUUUGAAUCAUUCAGCUCGUAGUAAUUGUACAGUUCAAAUGGUGGAUAUUCUCAACAAAUGUCAAUAUAUUGAUAAAUCAGUUCAAACAUUAUGUAAUGAAUCAACAACUAUUGUUACAUAUCCAAAAUACUUUAAUGAAAAAGCAACAAUUACAAAUGAAAAUCAAAUUAUUUCAAAAUUGAAAAUGAAUAAUCAAUUAACUUCAUUUAUUUUCCCCCCUAAUAAUCAUUCACAUAUUAAUCGAUCAAUAAUCGAUCGAAACGGUAUUUCAAAAGAUAAUGAUGAUGGUGAUAAUGAAUCUGUAUCUAAAUUUACAUCUAGUGAAUGCCUUGAUAUUAUUGUAACACCCGAUUUUGAGAAGGAUAGAUUGGAACAAACUGAUUAUUUAAAAAUUCAAUUAGAUAAUAAUCAACAUAUCGGUUUGGAUCAAAUAAGACAAACACAAAGUUUCGAAUCUGGAUUGAACAAUGAAGAGAAUUAUAUUGAUAUUGAUAAAAUUCCUGCCACUUCAAGAUCAUAUAAACAAAACAAAACUUUCGAACCUAACCUUCAUUAUGGAACUAUGGAACCGAGUAUUCACAAUUCUCGAAAACAAUCUACAUUAGAAUCGUCUUUCGAAACAAUAUAUGAUCAGACAAAAUUGUGCUAUAAACUUUAAUACGUAAAAGUAAGAUGUAUUUUAAUAUAACACGAUCAUGCGGCUACUAGAUUUAAAAAACUUGAUGAAACGAUAGUAUUAUUUUUACUAAUGAAAAUACCUAAUCUCUUGAUCAAAAUUUUUAAUUCAGUGGAUUUUU